CAGAGACUUCUUUGAAGGUCUUUAUUGAACUUCAAGGUUUUCGUUAACUGUUCUAUCGGACCGUACAGAGGAUUUGAAAAUACGACAAAUUAUCGGAGAGAGUAACGAUAACUCUUCACUCGUCGAACCUGGCAGUGCCACGCAUCCUGUCACCUCACCUUCACCUUUUCUGCCGCCAGAAAUCCUAGCCCUGAUUUUACGCCCAAGAUGGAAGCGGUGCGAGAAUAGAAGAGCCUGGAGAAAGAUAGUGGGUCAUAUUCUCAGCUGCAGUCGCGUAUCAACAGCCUGGUACGAGGCUGCAGGUGUGGUUCUGUACAACGAUAUUCGACUGUCUCGGCGGCUAUUGCCCCACUCACGCCUUCCGUUUCAUGCAUCGUUUAAGUAUCAAAAAGCGGUCGGAGGAGCUCGCGACACUCGCUAGAGAGAUUGUUGCGUGCUGCCCGGAACUUAGGUACCUUGCAGGAGACUCUGGCUCCCUGUGCUCCACCAGCAACAUGUCCCUCCCUGAGUACCCAUAUUUGAGGGAGCUCAAAGUAUCUGGACAGAACCCCCACCUCCUUGCCCCUCUUCUCCCUCGUCUGUGCAAUCUCGAGUCCUUCAAGAUGAUUCAGAGCCACGGUGAUGGCGAUUUCCUGGGACAUUACCUCAUGUGUAAAUGGCUACUCGAAUCCAGUUUGCAGAGCAUCGAAUCCUUGGAGGUGCAGGAAAUAGGCGUGAGCCAGCUGGGCGACUUGGCCGCGGUCAUUGGAGGUUUUGUGACGGGGAUUCACGUCAAAAGUUUAAUUGGUUGCCCAUCGUGGGACGACUCAACAACUAUCGUAGUACUAUCUAGGUUCGCAGGCCUGCGAAGACUUCGCAUCGACGGAAUUAUCUUCAAAACAGAAUACUCGUUUGAUCUGCAAUCAUCAUUGGAGGCGUUUACGAUUACCAAAUCCUUCCUGUCCAUGCGCAUUGUGGUGGAGCUGCUAUAUAUGCAUUGGCAAUCCUUCCUACAAUCGCUAAAUGUUUAUGGUUUGCCAUGGUAAAACGCCGAGUGGAUUGUGACGUCCGAGCAGUGGAUUUAUCGUAGGAACGAGUUGCGCGGCGCGUGUGCUGCCCGCGGUAUCCAGUUGAAUUGGUUGUCCCUAGAAUAAUACUGCUUUUAUCGCAAGACACACGUUUUUACCUUCGAUUAUUCAUGAGUAGAAGAUUGUUGACUUUGAUGUCGAGAUUCCCUGUGCUCUCA